AUGGCCGACAUAGCCUCCCCUUCCUCAUCGUCCGACCUGUCCUCUCGGCUCACCCACGUCGAUACAGAGCUGCAGCGGACUCAGUCCGCCGACAUCCAAGAGAAAGCUGUCUCUCACUCUGCCGGGCUCGAGGCACAGGAGGUCCCCUCUGAGCCUCAACAGACGCGUACGAGAUGGGACCGACUCUUCAAGACUGUUGUCACCGAUCACCCUAAGGUUUUGAGAGUUUGGAACUAUGUCCGUGGGCCACGGCCUAAAGUUGACCUUCCUGACCUAGUCCCUCUGUUGAACCGCACCUUCUCCUGGCGUCGCAUCCACUUCUCCGUCGCUCUUGAAGCGCCUCUUCUUCGCUACACUCGACCACUCACAAAUCCAUGGCUAUUCGUGGUUCUUGCCGCGGGCUGGAUCAUAGGCUUCGCCUUCUGGGCCCGAUCCCAGUCGUUUUUGACCCCAGUGGAUUCAUUCAUCGGCUGCACGGCGACUUACUGGCCUGCGCUCGAUGCGUGCGGACUGAAUGGUGAGAGUUGCGCACCUUUCGACAAUGCGACAUUCGACUUCCGAUGCCCCGCCCAAUGCGCGUCGGUCGUCUUGGCAAAUCCGCGCACUGUCGGCGCCGAACAGGUCGACCGCGUUCCCCUCAUCGUUGGAGGAGGAGAUGGCAAUGGCACGUACCGAGGAGAUACUUUCGUGUGCGCUGCUGCGCUCCAAGCUGGGCUCAUCAGCAACUCCAAAGGUGGCUGCGCUUCCCUCCAGCUCGUGGGCAACUUCACAGAGUACCUCCCCUUGGCCCGGAAUGGGUUGACUUCGAUUGGCUUCCCUUCCGUUUUCCCACUAUCCUUCCAGUUCCUCCCAACCACGCCUCUGCAUAGUUGCGAAGACAAUCGCAACGAAGCCCUCGCUUUCAACGUCAUCAUCACUGCACUCAUAUUCCUCAUCCUCCGCCCGAAGGCCAUCGUGACUUACUGGUGCCUCGUGUGCAUUGGAUUCUGGCACAUCACAUUAUUCUCAGAACCCCGCGGAACUCCCCCACCUCUUGAUGAAGCCUUCCAGUCAUUCCUUCCGUGCCUUUUUGUCGCGUACGCUUUCUGGCGUUUGGCUUUCCGCUUCACCAUGCCGGCGUUCAGGAGGGCACCCAUUGAAGCGGCUGUAUGGUAUCUGGUCCCCUUCUGGAUUGGUAUUCUCUCGAACAUCAUCCUGGAUAAGAUACCGGUCGAUCGUCUCAUUGCCUCCGAUAUCAGCGCACGACCAGGAGCACUGGCCGCUGUAAUCAUCAUUGCUCUCAUUGUCCUCGUCAUCUUUGUGAACCAGUGUAGGGUGGUACGCAAGACAGGAUACCUGCCGCAGUAUCUUGGCUGGUACAUUGUCGGAGGCCUGAUUACCCUUGUCCUGGCGCUGCUUCCCGGGCUUCAAAUCCGCAUCCACCACUACAUCUUCGCCAUGGUGUUCAUUCCCGGCACCGGGUUUCCUACUCGGCUUUCCGCCAUCUAUCAGGCAUUCCUGCUUGGCCUUUUCCUCAACGGUAUUGCGGCGUUCGGGUUUGACUCAGUUCUCCAGACGCAAGCAGACCUUGUGCGCGAUGCAGCCUUGGGCACGGACCUCCCGACGUUCCUGACGAACUCGACGAGCUACAACUCGUCCAUUCCCUUCAUCAACCAGACGAUUCUGUGGGACGCGCUCCCUGACGGUAAAGGGUGGGACGGGUUUGCGUUGCUGGUGGACGAUGUGGAGCGAUACGUAGGCGAUGCUCUCAAUUACACGCUGAGCGCGCUAGAACCCAACAUCGUGCACUUCUUCCGGCUCGCGUUCACGAGCGGCGGCACGGCCGGCGAUUUCACAAUGGCCGCGCAGCUCUUCCCGAACGGCACAUGGGUGGAUCCUGCCCCCGGUCCCUCGUAG